AUGGCUGUGUCCAACGGCGUCGAAGCAGUGUUAGAGUUUCUACGGAAGAAUGGCUUGUCGGAAGCGGAGUCCGCGCUCCGAGAAGACAUCAUCGAGAACACCGACCUCGGAAACUUCGACUACGAGAAGUUCUUCUUCCCUAUGGUCCCGCCGCCGCCGCCGGUCAGAGUCCGAUCCUUCUCCCGGCCGUCCGAGCUCGCCGCCUCGGACGACGACUGCUCCAAAUCCAGCUGCGACGAGUUCGUCACCAUCGGUUCUUCCACUUCUCGUGUCUCUUCUUCAGAAUUCGUAAAUCCAUAUGGAAUCCGUUCCUCCUCUCAGACUCAGAAUGAUUCCGAGUCUUCUUCUGAAAGAUUAUCUCAGUUUGGCACCGCACGUGAUUAUCACGAUUUUGAUAUGCAAAACGAACCGUAUUGGUACAAUGAAAAAGAUGAUGACUAUUUCAUGACUCCUAGUUUUGAAGGGCCCGAUUUCUUUGCGUGUCAGAGUGAAGAUAAGUUUGUCAUGACAGCAGAAACGGAAAAGCAACGUGACAAUUCUCUGCACCUUGGCUACAACCAUGAAGAAUUUCAACUAAAGGGGAAUAGUAAUGGUGAUUACAUGGACAAGACAUGCCUCUAUAAUCAUUCCUCUGUAGGAGAUGGAACUGUGAAUUAUUCAAAAGGGUAUUGCCAUGUUGAUAACGAGGACCGGUUUGAAGGGGAAUUAGAGAGCAAGGCUGAGAAACGCACUGUUGCUUGUAGUUGUGAAGUUCCAUUUUGCAAAAGCAGUCCUGGUUCGGGAGGUUCUUGCAGUUUGGAUCCUACAAACUUCGGCUACCCUAACUUGAAGGAAAUCCAUCUGAACGAUUUUCAUUUGAAGGUUGUUGGGGACAUUAACUCUUUUGAUUCUACUUCAAAGCUAACUCUGAAUCAAAGUUUUGACUGCUAUACUAAAACCGAUCACAAUAAGAAGUACAAGGGUCCCUAUGACUUAACUAUCAAAGUUAAGGAUAAAAAUAUACCAAAUGGACAUGACACCUAUGAAGCACAAAUUGGUGGAGAAUUAGCUGAAGACUGCCAAGAUCCAGAACUAGCUGCAGAUGGAGAGGAUACAACUGAUGAUGAGCUCUUGAAGUAUACUCAAGAGGAAGAAUACGAAGUAUUUGAUCUGAGAAUUAUACAUAGAAAGAACAGGACUGGAUUUGAAGAAAACAAGGAACUUCCCAUUGUGCUAAAUACAGUCUUGGCUGGAAGGUAUUAUGUAACAGAGUAUCUUGGUUCAGCUGCCUUCAGUAGGGUUGUUCAGGCACAUGAUCUUCAGACAGGAAUAGAUGUUUGUUUGAAGAUUAUUAAAAAUGACAAAGACUUUUUUGAUCAAAGCUUAGAUGAAAUCAAGCUUCUGAAACUUGUCAAUAAGCAUGAUCCAGCAGACAAACAUCACAUUUUGCGCCUUUAUGACUAUUUCUAUCAUCAGGAGCAUUUAUUCAUUGUAACUGAACUUCUUCGAGCAAACUUGUAUGAAUUUCAAAAAUUCAACCAAGAAUCUGGAGGGGAAGCAUAUUUUACACUAAAGAGAUUGCAGUUCAUUACUCGUCAGUGCUUGGAAGCAUUGCAAUACUUGCAUAGCUUGGGAAUUGUUCACUGUGACCUGAAGCCGGAAAACAUUUUAAUCAAAAGUUACAAAAGAUGUGAAAUAAAGGUUAUUGAUCUUGGAAGUAGUUGCUUCCAAACAGACAAUCUGUGCCUAUAUGUACAGUCCAGAUCCUAUAGAGCUCCUGAAGUGAUGUUAGGCCUUCAAUAUGAUGAAAAGAUUGAUAUAUGGUCUCUUGGCUGCAUCUUGGCAGAACUAUGCUCUGGUGAAGUGUUGUUUCCUAAUGAUGCAGUUGUGAUGAUCCUGGCACGCAUAAUUGGAAUGUUUGGUUCUAUUGAUAUGGAAAUGUUGGUGAAAGGACAAGAAACUCACAAGUACUUCACUAAAGAAUAUGAUAUUUAUUAUGUAAAUGAGGAGACUGAUCAACUGGAGUACUUAAUUCCAGAAGAGUCAACGUUGGAGCAGCACCUACAGGUUACUGAUACUAUGUUCAUCAACUUUCUCAGAUACUUACUCUGCAUCAACCCCAAAAGAAGGCCUACUGCCAGACAGGCACUAAAGCAUCCAUGGCUUUCCUUUGUUUACUAG